AAGAAAUAAAAAAAAAAAAAAAAACUCACAAGGAAAUAUGCAAGAAGAAGAUAAAUCCUGGACAAACAAAAAGGUGGACCAUUUUGUAGUAGUGAAUAGUGUUUUAGGAAAAGGAGCAUUUGGAAAAGUAUACCGAGGUUUUUUUGCUGAAGAUGAAACUAAAUUAGUUGCUGCAAAAGCCAUAUCUAUAAAAUCGAUUAGUGAUUCAGGCAAGAUGUUAGAAUUGAUAAAGCGAGAAAUAUCUAUUCUCUAAAAAAUAUCAUCUCCAUACAUUGUAUGUUUAUAUGAUGUAGCCAGAACAUCAAAUAAUCUUUAUAUGUUUUUAGAAUACUGUCGAGAUGGUGAUCUGAAGGAAUAUUUAAAAAAGAAGGAAGGCAAAAGGUUAGCAGAACCUGAAGCAUUGCUAUUUUUUAGACAUAUAGUAGAAGGUUUUAAAGAACUUUAAAAGAACAAAAUUAUACAUAGAGAUGUUAAACCGGCUAAUAUUAUGUUAGAUAAUGGAAUCGCUAAAUUAUGUGAUUUCGGGUUUUCUAGAGUUAUUGAAAAGGAUGAUCCGGCACUUUUAUCUAGACUUGGUUCGCCUCUUUAUAUGGCUCCUUAAAUCCUUGAUGGGGUUCCUUUCAAUUCUAAAUGUGAUGUAUGGUCUGUUGGUAUUGUUUUUUAUGAAACACUUUAUGGACACACUCCUUGGACUGGAGAAAACUAAGUAAAUUUGCUCUAAAAUAUAAAAAAUUUGCCAUUAAAAUUCCCUGAUUAGCCUAUUCGUUCGAAAGAAGUAAAAGAAUUGUUGAAAGGAAUGCUUAAAGUGAGUGAAAACGAGAGACUUUCUUGGGAAGAAUUAGAUAAAAAUGAAGGCUUUUCAGAUUUAGUUUGGUAAAUUUAUAAAAAUUCGACUGAAUAUUAGUCUACUCUUAAACUUAUUAAUACUGAUAUUUAACAUUCGGUUAGUUUCUAUGAAGAAAUCUUUAAAAAAACUAAAGAUAUUUUGCAAAAAUAAUUGCAAAAAGAAACUAAUAAUGAAGUUAAAGAUUAUAUCAAUAAGUUUUUGAUGAUUAUGGACAAAAAAUUUGAACUUGAUGAAAAAUUCAAGGGUGUUUUUAAACAAAAUACUAAAGAAAUAGCUUAUGUUUUAUAAGAAUUAGUCGAUAAAAAUAAAGCUGAUAAACAAAUUUUGGUAUUAACGAGAUAUAUUUAGAUUUGUAAUAAUCCUUAUAUGGAAUUUAAUAAUGCCUCAUUUGAUUUCAAUAAAUUUUAUGAAGAAAUCGAACACAAUUCGGAAGAAGAAUUAAGGAAAAGUGUUAGUUCUAAUAAUAAUGGUCCUUCUUUAGAUAAAUUUUCUGAUGAAGAAUUACUUAAUAUAAUAAAUAAUAAUCCUGAAAUUAAAAAAUAAUAUGAAGAAUUAUUAACCAAACAUUAAACAGAAAUAUCUCAAAAGCAGUACUCCUAAUCAAAACCUAUGAACUCAAAAGAAUAUAUAAAAAUAGAAAAAAAUCUGGAUAAAUAUUUAGAUAAAGAGGGAGGAAUAGUCAUAGAAGGAGAACCGAAAUUCGUUUUUAAAACAUUUGAGAAAUAAACUAAAGAGAAAAUAUUUAUUAAUAUUCUUACUCAUCCAAUAAUAGAUGCUCCAGAAGAAAAAUUUCUAAUAGAUUAUGAAAAUUAACCAGGAAUAAGGGUACCUAUGUCAUUAGGGAGAUUAAAAGAAGAUAGUGAUAGAAAGGGAGAUUGUUGUAAAGUUAUUGAUGCAAUUAUAAAUCCUGGAAUUUGUGAAAAUAUUUAAAAGGAAACUUAAUUGUGUAUAUUUUUCGUUUAAUUAUUAUAAGGAUAUUGUGAAUAAAAAUAUAAAAUCAAUUUAGAUGAAAAAUUCACAUAACCAAAACUAAAAUAUAAGGGAAAAAGUAUUGAAUUUUAAAGAGUUAAAGGUAAAAAAGCACCCAAAAUUUAAUAAUUAAGUGAAGAAGAGUCUCAAAUGUAAGCCGAAAUAGAAAAAAGUGGAAAAAAAUUAAUAAAUGAAAUGAAAACACAAAAUAAUAAUUUGAAUUUAAAGGGUUAAAUACCCAACUGGACUUUAAAAAUGGUUUACGCAGAUAAUUUAUAAGGAGAAGAAUAUGAUGGAGAUUUCGAUAUUGAAAAACUUCUUUAUAUGUAAUUAGAAAUAGAAAUGCCUUUAUUAGUUACAGGAAAACAUAUAAUUUUAGAAUUGAAUGAAAAAAAUCUUUUUUUGAAAAACGGAAAAUUUUACGAAUUGGCAUUAAGAUUUCCUUUAAGAGUUGAUAAAUAAAAUUGCAAAGCAGUUUUUAAUUAUGAAACUAGAUGUUUAUUUGUUAAAUUAUGUAUUUUGAAAGCUAUUGAAAUUUAAGACGAGAAAGAUAUUAAUAAUAAUUUUGGAAAAGAUAAUAUCAAUAAUAAUUAGGAUAUCCAUGUUAAUAUUGGGUAGAAGAUUUAAUUAAAUAACGAUAUGUUAGAUGAUUUAGUUUGA